AUGGACUCCCAGAGCAUUAAGGCGUUCGUUCUAAGAGAGCUUACAAAAGAGCAGCUGCAGAGCAUUUUCCAGGAACUCAGUGAGUCCAAGGACCCAGAGCUAAAGAUAGAUAGAGAUAUGAACCCACGGGACGUAGAAAAGCGUCUCUUAGUAUACCUGGAAAAGUCCAACUUAGUACACUCACUGGCAGAAAGAUACUUUGACCAGGCCUUUGAUAAGCAAACAGUGAAGGAGGCAUAUGCUAUUCACAGGUCGAAGUGCUCUGGGGCCACUGCAGAGCCAACAGAUUGCAUAUCAAUGUCUGCAGAGGAACGUAUGGAAAGAAGAGAGCAAGCUCGCCGCCAUUUGGAGUCUGUCCAGGGGGGCACACAGCCUAAUGUAUUGUCUAUGAAUACACACGAUGAUUUAAAUAGUACAGAGCGUCAGGCAACACGUGCUAUGAGUGAAGUGGUUAGAGAUUCCGUCUCAAUGCUUACAGCGCUUCACGCUGCUAGAGAGUCUAGAACUCUUGUAGAACAACAUCUAGAGGUUCAGAUCACCUCGGGUGAGCUUGCUCCUCCGUGUAGUAACAAUCUUGGUGGGCAAUCUGGCGUCAGUGAGGAAGGCGUGAUUACCCUCACAAUAGCUCUUGGAAAUUUGCGGCAUGUCUGUCCGCCAAUCAAGUGUGAAAGAAGUGAUGCUACUAUAGGGCUUGCACCGUUAGCGUUUUCAAAGAUUCGAUUCUGUAUAUCCUCCACUCCGCUGACUUCUUUCAGAGCAAUUUCAGAUCUCAAAGUAACUGACCUUACCUUUCUUGCGGUGUUCCACAGCUAUUCAGGAAUGCAGUAUCUUCAUGCACAUGGACGAGUUGGCUUUGUGGAGUUCUUCACUGAGCUGACCAAGGCCAAUUCUCUGCUGGCUGGGGCAGUUAGUGUUCCCAUGUACCCUUAUUCUCAAGCACCAGGACCCAACACUCCAACCGAAAAAAUACGGCUAGGUACUCUUAACGUUUCAAUCACUUUCACGCCCCUUCUGACCAGUGCAGAUGUCUCUGAAGAAGCCUCCUUCCGCUCCCUUAGAGACAUAUUAACAACCUCAAAAAGAUCAGUCUCCAGAGCACUUGCAGAAUAUGAUAGGACCGCAAGCGUAUUUAUGAGAGACUAUCUUGGCUCGCAGCCCAGUUCGGUUGGACUAGACAAGCGUUUUGUUCAGCUCCAUGCUCUUCGGGAUGAUGGAAUGGUGGUCCCUAUUUCCACUCUUAUCACUCCCUUUACAAGCUCGUACCUUCCAACGGCUAGCUAUUGCAUGCGCUUUAUCCAACUUAUGCCAGCACCUGGACGCCAAUCAACUCCAGCCACCGCUGGACUAUCAGGAAACAACGAGCUAGUCUGGUCUCGAGUUAUCACCACGCUAUCUGUCGGUGCUGGUACACCGUUUGACAAGGCAGUUCUCUUGUGCUCGAUGCUGAGAGGAUAUCAGAUACCGGCAUUCGUUGCUCUGGGCACAUGCGCUCUUCCAGGGCUAAAAUCGGAUGUGUCUGGAAAUAGGAGUGUCCGCUCUGCGUUCGUUAUCACACUCUGUGCACAGGUGAUUCAAUUCUGGGACUGCUUGUUAUCGGAUCAUGGAGGUAUGAUAGAGCUGCACUCGUUGCCAACAGAAGGUCAAUACAAGAUAGAUAAACACUCUGAUUCUGCUGGAACUGUUAUUCAUUUUCCGUAUGAGACAAUAGACUGCAUUUUCAAUGAAACCAUGCUUUUUGUUAAUAUUCAAAGUACAAAUAGACUACAAUACAUACCUGAAAAACAACUUAUACAUGGCAUAUCUCUAGAUAUAUCCAGGCCCUUAUUUUGGAAAGCUUUCAAUCAGUCCAUGAUAGAACGCGUCUAUAAUAGCUAUGUCUAUCACUAUAACAUGGAUGACGAUGAUUAUCUAGUGACUUCUACCCGUCUUCCACGUUUGCUUCAAAACCAGAAUAUACUAAAACCGUUUGGCCCCUCCUUGGCCGCUACACUGUCCAGUUAUUUAACAGCAGAUAUAUGGAGGCUUAUUGAAGCACGGAGGCAAACACUUGGACUGACAACACCCAGAUCUGAACAGCUUUCUAUGAUAUUGGCGCCCACAGUAGCAUCCUGGGAACAGACACGCCUCAUGGGUGGAACUAUCGGCCAGUUAGGCAAUGAGACUUUGAAGGUAGCGCUCAAAAAUUAUGUUUCUUCUCGUGAAACACUGAUAGUUUAUCCGUUGCAGGUCAUGGGGAGCCUAAGAUUCUAUGCUCCACCUAUUGUAGAGACGCUUCUUUCAAACGAUAAAAGUCGUAGUAUAGUUGAGGCACAUGGGGAUAAACUGCGUAUAGGACUGCACGUUUCUGUCUUUGGAUAUGCAGAAACCAUUGCGGCUGUCUGGGUUAUUAUUGGAUGCUGUUAUAUCCCAGUUAUAUGA